GCAGCAAAACGCCGAAACAUUUCACUGCCAUCUGCAGAUCUUCGCGGUUCAGAGCUUCUCAUCCACCUUCCCCCAGCUUACCCAAGUGAAACAUGGCGGACCGUCUAUUGUCUAAAACAAGUCUUCGCGCACCACAAGGUGUUGAUGCGUGAUGACAGGCAAGGUAUUGUAUAGGUCUCUUCGGUCUCUUCUUUUAGUUAUUCAAUUUUGAUUCUGAUCAGAAUUCAAUAUCACAUGGGUGGAUAUUGAAGCCAAUGAUCCAAUGUCUGACAAGGGACAUUCGAUCGCUUUCCCACAUUGCAACUCGUUACGAAGAUCUCUCUCUUAACCCUCUUAACAAUUAUCUUAACAAUUAUUUCCUCUUCCACGCGAUCCUUCGUACGCCCUUCUUCUUGCUUCAUCAUCUUUUUAGUGUCUUAGCGAGACAUUUUUUAUCAUUUUAGUCAGGGCUGAGGCCAUUGCUCCCCCUCUUGGGUAUCGUCAUUCUCUCCCGUCCUAUUAUUGCUUUUCUCAUCCCAUUUAAAAUCAGCGUCCUCACCUCAGCACUCCAUUUAAUAUUGAUCUAUUUGUCUUGAUCUUUCUAAACUACAGAUGAUUGCCAAUCUUCCUCGUCAGUGAAGGAGUCUUAACGACUAACCUUCACAGUCACAAUGGCUCUAACUGUGAAGCACCUCAACUCCGAUGCCUCGUUUCUUCUAUCCUUCGAGCCCAUCAUCCCCGAACUUGCUCAGGGUAUUGUAACACCAAAACCAUUCACGAUACUUUUGGAUCCUUGGAUAACAGGAUCCUCAAAGAUCUUCCAUCCUAAGAUCUCCCUCGCGACUCACAUACACCCAGCAUGCAUAUCAUCGCUAUCGGAACUCCCGUCGACUCCGGACCUCGUCAUCACCAGUCAGCACAAAAGCGACCAUUGCAACGAAGCUACACUGCGGCAGUUACCCUCAAAUGGGAAGACUAUUAUUCUUGCUGAACCUGCAGCAGCAAAGCUGAUUAGGAGCUGGAAGUACUUCGCCCAUGAAAAAGUCCGAACAAUAGAACGAUGGGAAGAUCCUAGGGCAACCGGCAAACAAUCCGCGCUACGAAUUCCCGUUCCGCCUACAGUCCCGGGCGGCCAGGCAGGGGAAGUGACUGUCGCCUUCAUACCACAGAAACGCGACCUGGCAGGCCUGCAUGCCGCCAUUGGUAUUACGUACCGCCCUCCCCCAACGCCCAUGCCGAAAUUCAAUCCCCCUAUCAUGUCGAAACCACCCACGCCACCUGUUACACCAAAUACGCCUAACACGCAAGCCUCCACGAAUACUAUCUCAGUCUCUGAUACGCUCCUUUUGCCGCCCACACCGCCUAUAUCGCCUCGCUCCUUGCGUUCCGUCCAAUCCGCCUCGACUCUUCUCCCAUCUCCAUCACGCCCCGCCAUGAGCGCCUACUUCCCGCGUUCCACCUCUCAUAACUACGUACGCCCUACUACAUCCAACUCUAACGGCUCCAUCCGUCCUCUAUCCGUCAUAUUCUCGCCUCAUGGCAUUUCGUAUGCUCACCUUGCGCCUUAUGUCACAUCGCACCUUGUCACCGAGGCGGCACUGCCGCUAACAGCCCUGCUUCACUGCAUGGAUAGCAUAUCUAAUCCAUGGUGGCUUGGCGGCAACAUCUGCGCAGGAGUACCGACCGGUGCCGAAAUCGCAACAAGGCUAGGUGCACGAGUCUGGAUUAGCGCACACGACGGAGAAAAAGACGUUCGGGGACUGGCUACGGGUAUGCUUAAGACAAAGAGAUGGACACGUGAGGAAGUCGAAGGCGCUUUGAUCCCCUGCGAAGAAGUCGGGAAACCCGGUGUGGAUAAACUAGCACAUAGACGGAAGAGCAGCAACGGAAGCAAUGGUGGUGUAAGCACAGAGAUCAUGCGCCUUGGUAGUGGCGAUGAGGUCCUUGUUUCCGGUACUGGGAUGUUAUGGUGUUCUGAUAACGGGGAGGAUCGAUGGGCUAUUGACGAUGAGAAGCCGAAGACACAGCCCGAAUCGAAAUCGAUUGGGUGGCACAGCGAGAAGAUAUCUACUAGCCUAAGGAUGAUGAAAUCGUCCAAAAUAGGUCUUUCGUCGAGAUUUAGAGCCGCUGCUACCGCCUAAAUUAUGGCGUAUUCUUUUAUGACUUUGGAUUAUUGGGAGGGUUCGCUUUCAUUAAAAAGGAUAUUUCAUCGGCGGAUCAGUCUUUUGGGAUAUCUAAAUUUGGCGCGUUUUGGAUGAUAUGGAUUUUAUUGAGUGAUACCAGGGUUGGCGGAUUUUUUCUAUUUGUUAUAUUUGGCUACCUACAGCAUUUUAUUUGUCUGGAUUCAUAACGAACGAUACAAAAAAGUUACGGCCAUAUAGGCCUCACUUCUGGGUCACUUACCUACAUUAUUGGGAAGAGGAAUGACCUUCAUAUUCUCAUACUCAUGGGCGGAAAAAAUCAAACAAAAUAGGAUACGGGCGUUACUAUUCGGACUACCUAACGGUUUCGGGGUAUUGAGGAAGGGUACGGUAUGGCACGGAAGAGGCUCAUUUGUAGGGUAAACCUCUUAUCACGAGGUCAUAUAAAUCAAAUCAUAGGAUCUGGAACUGCUC